AUGGUGGAGAUGACAGGCAAGUUCCUCUACGCCUCCUCAGCCUACAUCGAUCGCCCCAAUGCGGAGCGUGUUGGCAACCGAUUUUGCUGUGCGUUGCGGGAUUUCACUCCCCCAGAGGGGCGCUACGAUAUAAUUUGGGUGCAAUGGGUUAUCGGAUAUCUGACACUAUCUGCAACAGUCGAAUUUCUUCGUCAAUGCGUGGCCCGACUGCGACCGUGCGACUCCACAGCCACAGGUACAGCCACAGACCCAGUGGGUCAAUCAGUAAUUGUGCCGAGGGACGUUUUUCCAGAUGCGAAGCCAGACUUCGAUGAGGCGGAGAGCAGUUUUAUGCGAACGCAUGACGAGCUGUUGGAGGUAUUUCGGAAGGCGAAACUUCGAGUGCUGCUGGAUGAGAGGCAGACAAACAUGCCAUCCUAUAUUUGUCCGAUUUAUGCCUUUGUACUAGUUCCUCAGGACGAGUAG